AUGUCAGAUUUCAACACCACCAACUUCACCAACCCCUCCUCCUUCAUCCUGCUGGGCAUCCCUGGCCUUGAGGCCGCCCACAUCUGGCUCUCCAUCCCCUUCUGCAUCAUGUACGCCAUAGUUGUUUUGGGGAAUUUCACCCUUCUCUUCAUUGUGAAGAAGGAGUCGAGCCUCCAUGUGCCUGUGUACUAUUUCCUCUGCAUGCUAGCUGUCACUGAUCUGGUCCUGUCCACUUCCAUCCUGCCCAAAAUGCUGAGCAUCUUCUGGUUCAAUUCUAGGGAGAUAGAUUUUAAUGCCUGCCUUACCCAGAUGUUCUUCCUUCACAGCUUUUCCAUGAUAGAAUCUGGGAUCUUAGUGGCCAUGGCGUUGGAUCGCUAUGUGGCCAUCUGCCAUCCCCUGCGACAUUCCACCAUCCUGACAAACCCCGUGGUGGGCAAGAUGAGUCUGAUUGUGGCUCUGCGCAGUGGUGUCCUCAUAUUUCCCGGUCUUCUCCUGGCAAGGCAGUGGCCAUAUUGCAGAACCAACAUCAUCCCCCACACCUACUGCGAGCACAUGGCCAUGGUGAAGCUGGCUUGUGCUGACAUCCGCGUCAGUAGUUACUACGGACUCUUUGUGGUAUUUUUUGUGACCUGUCUGGAUGUAGUUUUUAUCUCUAUCUCCUACACCCAGAUCCUCAGGGCCGUCUUCCGCCUCCCCACAAAGGACGCCCGGUGCAAGACUUUUGGGACCUGUGGCUCCCACCUGGGUGCCAUCCUAGCCUUUUACAUCCCAUGUGUGUUGUCCUUAUUGAUGCACCGAUUUGGCCACAGUGUGGCCCUGCAUUUCCAUGUUCUCCUUUCUAACAUGUACGCCCUGUUCCCUCCCAUGCUGAACCCCAUCAUCUACGGGGUGAGGACCAGAGAGAUCCGGGACAGGCUGCUCCGUCUCUUCACUCAGAAAGGGAACUAA